AUGAUAAUCAAGAAAACAUUCGAUGAGUCUGAAGAAAUUGUUGUGUCGAAGAAGGAGCUACGCCUGUUCGUUUUGAACUGCUUGGAGAAGGUCUCCUGUUCGGCAUCACAUGCUCAACAACUUGCUGACAUUCUGAUUUGCUCCGAUUAUCGUGGCCAUUACUCUCAUGGAUUGAAUCGGUUGCAUAUCUAUGUGAACGAUUUGGCCGAGAAAUCAACAGCAAGCGAAGGUGAACCACUCAUCAUCAAACAGAAAGGUUCCACCGCAUGGGUAGACGGUUGCAAUCUGCUUGGGCCAGUAGUUGGAAAUUUUUGUAUGAAGCUAGCUAUUCAGAAGGCUCGCGAAAAUGGCAUUGGAUGGGUGGUGGCGAAAAACUCGAAUCAUUUCGGAAUUGCAGGAUGGUAUGCUGAAGCCGCUAUUAGGCAAGGUCUUGUGGGUAUGGCCUUCACAAACACUUCUCCGUGUGUUUUCCCAACAAAUUCCGCUGAAAAAAGUCUUGGAUCGAAUCCAAUUUGCAUGGCAGCUCCGGCAGAAAAUGGCGACUCGUUUUUCCUUGACAUGGCGUCGACAACAGUUGCUUAUGGAAAAAUAGAAGUUGUGGAUCGUCGUGGAGGGAAACGCAUUCCAAGGAGCUGGGGAGCGGACGCCGAAGGAAUCGAGACGCAGGAUCCUAAGGAGGUGUUGAAUGGUGGAGGGCUGCAACCUCUUGGUGGAUCUGAAUCUACAGGUGGCUACAAAGGAACUGGUCUAUGCAUGAUGGUGGAGAUCCUGUGCGGAAUAAUGGCUGGUUCAUCGUUCGGGAAAUCGAUUAGAAAGUGGCAAACAACCGAUGAGAAUGCAAAUUUGGGUCAAUGCUUCGUUGCCAUCGAUCCUGAAUGCUUUGCACCAGGUUUCGGCGAACGAUUGAGUUGUUUCCUCGAUGAGACUAGAGAUUUGAAACCGGUUGAUUCUUCCCAUCCAGUACAAGUGGCUGGUGAUCCAGAACGUGCACAUAUGUAUAUGUGCGAUGAAUUGGAUGGAAUCGUCUAUAAGAAAAGUCAGCUGGAACAUUUAGAAAAACUCGGGAAUGAUCUGGGAGUGCUGAUGUUUAAAGCGAAGAAGAUGAAAUCACAGGAUUUCAAUGAUGAGCCAACAUCCAGACUACAUUAG